AGCAACAUUGUUACUUACUGUUGUAUGUUAAUUUCCUGAUUAUGUACUGUACUUGAACUGUUGAAGAGUUUUAUUAUUGUUAUUUUCUAAGGUUAGCUUGUGACUGAAAUUCUCUUUUUUGUCCAAGCUGUUGUGUGAAGAUACCUCAGCUCAUGUAUACUUCUCUGCCCCUUUGGUGUAGUAGUAUAAUUCAGUUAAUUUAUUAUUGUUUUCAGUUAAUUGUGAAAAUAUUUAAAACAACAGAUCUUAAAUACAGUGACUGAAUGUUAUCUCUAGGGGCAAUGUUAAGUAAAUGAUAUUGUAAUCCAAACUUUUUGAUUGAUAACUCAGUGCAAACUAUUGAUAUGCAAAAUAUUGAUAUUUCAAUACAAACUUAUUGAUUGUUAUUUUCAAUGCAAACUUAUUGACUGAUAUUUCAAUCCAAACUCUAUUAUAUAUAACUAUCAAUAUUCUAUGAUAUCUGAUAACCUGUUAACUAAUUCCUCAUGAAAAUACUGGAGAUAAGACUCGUGAGGUCAAUCUCAAGGUCAAACUUCAGUGUUACUGAAACACACAGAGGCAAACUAGGAUCCCUUAUUUCUGUCUUGCAUCAAUUGAGCUCUUAUUACCGUAACACUGCUCACUUAGCCAUUCUGUCGAGUCUACCAAGUUCUUGUCGUCAUUAUCCCAAUGGCAGAGAUUACCCUCUUGACACACUUAUAUCUAUUAUUAAGAAACCAGUGCUGGAAAACAUAACCAUAAGAGAACCAAUGAGGAAAGAGAUGUUUGGUGCCCUUGAAGAAAGACCUAGUGCUGCUGCUUACUGUGUCUCUACCACUGAUCGUAGCAUGACUUCACACCUCAACAAUCCUGAAGGUUGUCUUUUCCAGGGCAAGCGUGAUAGAUAUGGAGGAGUGAUUGUUUCAUCACAACUUGAGAAUAGAGAUGAUGUCAGUUUUGAACCUUCACUUACUGCUUCUCUGGAAGCUUGGACUGCAGAGGGUGUUCGAGGUGUAUGGUUUGAGAUUCACCUUCUCCACACUCACUGGGUGCCUGUCUUAGCUAAGCAUGGGUUUGUCUUCCACCACGGCGAGGACAGUGAGGUGGUGAUGGUGCGGUGGUUGCCUACAGACGCACCCUCCACGCUACCCAGAUAUGCACACACGGUGGUGGGGGUCGGGGCCAUGGUGGUGAGGGAGGACUCGGGUCAGCUGCUUGUCGUCGAGGAUAAGUACUGUCAGCGACCGCACUGGAAGCUCCCUGGUGGCUAUGUCGAGCGAGGAGAAGACCUAAGCGAGGCGGCAGCGCGGGAGGUGUUGGAGGAGACGGGCGUGAGGGCGGAGUUGGUGUCGGUGGUGGCGACGCGCCACAUGCACAAGGCGGCCUUCGGCUGCUGUGACUUGUACUUCGUGGUGCUCAUGCGACCAACCUCCACACACAUCACCAUGUGCACGCAGGAGCUUAAUGACUGCCGCUGGAUGAACAUAUCUGAAUACGCUGAGCAUCCUUUGGUUCACGAAACGAACAGAUUGUUCGUACAGUGCUACCUUCAGAGUAAAGAGUACGGCGCGAGUAUCCGUGCUACGCCUCUCGUGCACAGCGUCACCAACCGCCAGCAGAUCAUUUACUCCAUCGACCACGGCAGUCGCAGCGAAGUGGUCAUGCAGGAAAGCAAGAAGCAAAUGGCAGACGACGGCCGAGAAACUGCGAGAUGCGGCCCCAUGCAGGCUACUUCGUUGUGUAAUGGAGCUAAUAGCAGCAUAAAUGAACUUGAAAUUGAUGAGACCCAAGAUUGAUAGAACCAUUAGCACAAGACAUCGAGUGCAUAUACCGCUGCGCUUGUUUGAAGUCUGCGAAGAAGCAGUUUUUUGCUCAGUGAAACUCCCUUGCAAAAUAACCACUUGCAUGAAAAUAAUGAAACUAAUUUGUAUGCAUGAGCAUACAAUUGAGGAUUAAAAUAGCCGUUUGUUGCUUGCUACAAACUCCUACAUCGCAAAAGACUGACACUUUGACUCACAAAAUCAUUGAAUUUUCAUUGAUUCUAUGUAUUUAAUGACACAGUGAAAACAUUCCGAUCCCAACAUGAUGGUCAAAGUCUGCUCGAUUAACUGAGAUUAAAAAUUCAUUAAUUAGUAAUGAACUUGUUCUAAAACGAUCGUACUUUCAGGUUGUAUGAGCUUUUAGGUUCUUUGGUGAACUCGAGAAGCGCUGUACAGUGUUGGUCUUUUGAGAUGCAUUUGUUGUCUUAAUGCUCUGAAAUUAUCUGUUCACAUUUAUGAAAUUAAUAUAAUUGUUUUAAAGUUUUAAGCGAACUCCGCCCAUUUCACGGUUGGUACUUGCUACCAAUCAACCUGCAAGCUAACUUGGUACCAAUUAAUCUGCCAGCUAAUGCAGCACCAAGUAACCUGCAAGUUAACCCGAUAUCAAUUGAUUUGAAAUUAAAACUGUUGAAUACGCCUAAAUUGGUCGUCCCCGGAUUUUUUUUCUCCCCGGCCGAUCUAUUUAAAGAGCGUUUUAUAACCGUGCACCUUUUUGUUUAGAAAUUGGAGCUUGGGAUGUAGGCUGAUCCAUCGGCCACGGAGACAUUAGUUAUACUUGAUCGUAAGUCUGUGAUCACGUACACGUGUCUCGGGCUACUGACAGCAAGUUGUAGCUACACCGUGCUAGUGGCAGCAAGUUGUAGCUACAUGUCAUCGUGCUAGUGGCAGCAAGUUGUAACUACACGUCAUCGUGCUAGUGGCAGCAAGUUGUAACUACACGUCAUCGUGCUAGUGGCAGCAAGUUGUAGCUACACGUCAUCGUGCUAGUGGCAGCAAGUUGUAACUACACGUCAUCGUGCUAGUGGCAGCAAGUUGUUACUACACGUCAUCGUGCUAGUCGCCGCCUAGUUUUCGACCAGAUCCACAAACGUCUCUAUUUCGGUGCAGCAUUUUAUGUUCUAUCAUGAAGAACUUCAAUCUAAUUUGUGUGGUUUGAUUUUUAUUGCAGAAAUUACAUGACGCCGGAGUGCGACUUAUUUUUUUGUGACGUAGUGACACUAGAAAAUUGCGAGCUCGUUCACUAGAGAACUUGCCCCGCCAUGUGAACUAAAGAGAAUUGUUCAAAACCUUGGUAACUUCUUAAAACCCUGUCUUAAAAUGGAUAACUUGACAAGUAUAAAAUAGUAUAAAUAAUUGUCUGAAAUCUUAUCUAGUUGGUAGAAUUCUCGAAACCUGCAAAUGUUCGCCAUUUUAGUUAUAAGAGCGUAAUUUGGGCACAAAUUUUGAGUAACUAUCUAAUAUAAUUAAAAGAAACGUGUGAAA